GUUUUUAUUUUUCCUAAAAAAAUGGCCAUGUUCUCCACCUUCCUAUAUUUUAGCUCCGUUGCAGUUAUACAUGUGCUUAUAAAUAUUGAAACCUUGCCGAUCAACAGUACAUCCUGCUUUCUUUCUUUACCUUCUGUCGCUGGGUUUAUGUCGCUGAACAUGGAGCAGCAUCCUGGGUUUUUGUUGCUGAACAUGGAGCAGCAGGUUGAAGAUGCAACAAUGGAUAAAGCUGUUAAAGUUGCAUCAAUGGACAACUCCUUCUUUAGCCCAAUCGUGUGUAAACCUACAAAUGAAUCGGAUAAGGUAAGUAGGAGUUUUAUAAUCAAUUUGAUAGGUUUUUUAUACCUGUUAUUUUAUUGUUAUAAUUUAUCAUUCAAGUGA